CCUGAAUAUCUGUUAUACGCCCAGGAAGAAGCAAACGAAAAAUAAAGUAGGAUGCAGACUAUAAAGUGUGUAGUGGUAGGAGAUGGUGCUGUGGGUAAAACAUGCCUUCUCAUAUCCUAUACAACAAACAAAUUCCCAUCAGAAUAUGUCCCCACUGUAUUUGACAACUAUGCUGUGACUGUAAUGAUCGGAGGAGAACCAUACACAUUAGGAUUAUUUGAUACCGCAGGGCAAGAAGAUUAUGAUAGAUUACGACCCCUUAGUUAUCCACAGACUGAUGUCUUCCUGGUUUGUUUCUCAGUCGUUUCUCCAUCAUCAUUCGAAAAUGUAAAAGAAAAGUGGGUUCCAGAGAUUACACAUCAUUGUCAGAAGACACCAUUCCUUCUAGUUGGAACACAAGUUGAUUUAAGAGAUGACGCAGGUACUAUAGAAAAACUAGCAAAAAACAAACAGAAACCAAUAACAGGAGAACAAGGGGAUAAACUAGCCAAGGAGCUACGAGCAGUUAAAUAUGUAGAAUGUUCAGCUCUAACACAGAAAGGUCUAAAGAAUGUAUUUGAUGAAGCAAUUUUAGCCGCAUUAGAACCUCCAGAGCCACCAAAGAAGAAGAAAUGUGUUCUCCUAUAAAGUGACAGACACUUAUACUAUAAUAUACAACUUCGACCCCACAUUAACAUGGAACACACACACACACACAGGAUAGACACUACAUACACAACUCUGGCUGCAACACCAACUAAUAGGUUUAUGUGACAGUAAAAGUCUGCAACUUGGGAGUAUGUCAUAUAUGCUGGUUCGUGAUACAGUAUGAUAAAUAUGACUGUGUGAUACUUGGAUGUUGUCAACCAUUGAGCAUCAAAUGAAUGCGAAUGGAUUAUUGAAAACUUUAUAGAAGCGAGGAUCAACAAUUUGACUGUCUGCAAAUAAUAUAAUAAUGGAUAUCGAUAUAGACAUGCCUUAUCUGUUGGCUUAACCUUGACGUUAGUAUCUAGAAGAAUAUGAGAUUUAUCCCAUUUGUGUAUUUGGAUAUAUACCUGUUCUAC